AUGAAAAUGAUUAAAUUAUUAUUACUAUUAUUAAUAUUGUUUUUAAAUAAUAAUCAAGUUAAAUCAGUAACUUAUUUAGAAAUGACACCAUAUGAAAAAUCUGAUUGUUCAGGUGAAUCAGAAGGUAUUGGUUAUGCAUUUAUUGUUAAUCAAUGUUUUGCGAUUGCAGGUGACUAUUAUUCAGUAUCAUUAAAUAGUGAUCAUUCAAAUAGUACCAUUAGUGAAUAUAAAGAUGGUGAAAACAACCAAUGUACUGGAUUAAUUAGUGAUAAUGAUAAAGUUUAUGAAAUUGAUGGUUGUUAUAAUGCACCAAACUAUGUUUGGAAUAGUGGUGCAGUUCCAAGUAACUAUGUAAAAAUUUCAAUCUCUGUAAAUCCAACUGAUAUUCCACAAUAUGGUUUCAGACAAACUACCUAUGCACCAGGUGAUAAAGAUUGUCAAUCAAAUCCUCAAUUCUAUUGGUACGCAACAAAUAAUACAAAGAUUGAUAUGGGUAAUUUUUCUGCAACUUUUUAUUGUUCUGAUAAUGAAUCAUUUGAAAUUUAUUGUGCUCCAGGAUGUUUUACAACUGAUUCAAGUAUGACAUGUAUUAGAGAUUUCACUCAUUGGGCAACUGAAAAUUAUAUGGCUGGUUCAUGUUAA